AUGCCAAAUUGGGGUUCAACCUUUCGGGAUGACCAUCGACACGAGCUAGAUGAAAAUGAUCUGAGCUACCAUGAGGUAGCGGCUUCACUGCGUGAAGAAGCUCGAGAUCUACGAAUUUUAAAGAAGACCACCGGUCGUGUAUCCAAAGGAGCUUUUGGACCAACGUUUGGGACCGAUCCGGAUCAAUGUUCAGAUGAAUCUGCCGACCAGGUAAAUGGCCAGAAAGGCAAAUCAAAGACAAUACACGAGAAGGAACAAAAAACGGACCGGCGCAAGCGAAGCAGAACCCUAGCUGACGAUGCUACCUGCCAAGCCUGUGGGAGCAAGUUCCACAACCUUUCGAAGUGUUACUACAUAAACCAGAGUAUUGCACCACGAAGUUUUAAGGGAAAUCCAACUAUACGCUUAGGCAUUGAAGCCCGACUGCUUAAAGAUACAGCCUUUGCAGAGGAAGUCAGAAGGCACACCAAGCCUAAGGAAGAGGACAAAGAGAAACAACUUUGA